CAGGCUGGCCGCGCCCCUCAACAAGAUGGCGACCGCAGCAGCCACGCCUCCUUCCGCCGCGCCGGCCAAUGGAAAGGAAGCACGGGGUUCUGCGCGUGCGCGAUGUGACCUAGUGGGCGGGUCCAGCGCGGGGGAAACACAGCGAGCAAUAUGACGAAAAAGAAGCGGGAGAAUCUUGGUGUCGCUCAGGAGAUUGAUGGGCUAGAGGAAAAGCUGUCUCAGUGUCGGAAGGACCUGGAGGCUGUGACCUCCCAGCUCUACAGGGCAGAGCUGAGUCCUGAGGACAGGAAGUCUCUGGAGAAGGAGAAAAAGACCCUGAUGAACAAAGCCUCCAAGUAUGGAGCUAAAGCUGCUUCGACACGAGAACCGGAAGAACAUGCUCCUCUCGGUGGCCAUCUUCAUAGUCUUCGCCCUGCUCUAUGCUCACUGGACUAUGUGAGUUAGCCAUCCUCAGCCAAGCAGGUUCCCUCCCACUCCCCAUCCUGACAGAGGGGCCUUUCCCCUGUGGUUGCCCAGCAGCUGUAGCAGAGGGGCAAUAAAGAGCCCCAGGCUCUGCUGUCUGGUGAGUAAA